AUGCCCACCAGUUCUUUGCCAGCAGCCCGUUGGUACAGAAGCGGUGUAACACGAGACUUCUGCUGCGGUAUUGCGGGAGUUCGAACAUUUGAAGAGGAUCGAAUGUGCAUACACAUAUUGUACAAACGACUGAGUGUGGUUGCACAGUGUCCCAACAGUAAAGAUCCCCUCGCAUUUGCAUGAAGUGGUGAAGUGAAGUAAAAUUGGUGAAGCGUGAGGUUUAAUUUUGCAAACUGCUCAUAAUAUAAAGCCCGACGAUGGAUGUGAAGCUACUGAAAACAAAUAAAGUUCCUGUUCACCUUCCUAGUCGAAGGAGGAAUUCUAACACCAAAGGGAAAUGGAAUAUGAUUGUGUGAUAUUGUAGCUUGCCAGGCCAGGCCAGGCCAUUGAUAAGGCAUUCGCGCAAUGUUCAUCGCUAGACACGACACAAUAACAAAUAGGAAAUCCCUUUUUAUCAUCUGCUUGACUACCACUCUAUCAAUUGCGUGCUUUACGAUGGGACUGUUCUUUCAUAUCUAUAAACCAACAAAAUUAAUACUAGAUGAUCGGUUAACGAUGCGUCAGAUUAUGCCCUAUUACCGAUGGUGGAAGGAUACAGAUGAUGUUUUGGUCACGUGUCGAAUAUUCAUCUUCAAUGUAACCAACUCCGAACGUUGGUUGGGUGGGCUAGACGAUCAGCUUAAAAUGCAAGAAGUGGUUCCAAUCGUGUACCGUGAAAUACUGGAACACGACAACGUUACCUUCCACGAGCACAAUUCUACCAUGUCGUACGUCACCAGAAGGCGUCUAGUGUUUUUACCCGAUGGUAAUGUUCCAGGCAUACUUAAUAAAACCAUCAUCGUGCCAAACAUUUCAUUGCUUGGUGUAGCCGCGAGGAUGGAAAACGACAACUUCUUCAUGAAGCGAGGAUUCAAUUUCAUUUACUCCAUGUCUGGGGAUACUGUAUUCAGCCGCAUGACAAUCUAUGACUACUUAUGGAACACGAGACCACCAUUCUUGGACCAGGCUAGAAAGUUUGUCCCGGGAAUGGUGCCAUCAGAUAAUGUGGGCGUUUUGAAAACGAUGUACGAGGAUCACGAGGAUCACGUAAAUGUGCGGCAUGGAAAGCGGUACGGUGAUGAUCAAUUUUUCAUGAUGAAUACUUACGAGUACGAACCCACGGUGCCGGGCUUCAGUCUCGCCAAGGGCGACUGUUUUGCUUCCAUUCUGAACUCCUCCGAAGGAGCUACCUAUCCACAAAACUUGGACGAACAAUCGGUGCUGAUCUACUGGCGCAAGACACUCUGCAGGGCAGUGCCACUGUACUUUGAGCGACGAGUGCAGAAAGGUCCACUGACGGGGUACAAGUACGUGCUACCCGAUAAUUCGUACGAUCGUCUGCCCGACAGUAACGCUGACUGCUACAAAGGCCAGUUCGGAUUACUUGAGGAUGGAAUGACGGACACCUCCAAAUGUUCCCAUGAUGUUCCAAUCGUAGCUACAAGUCCACACUUUUAUGCACGCAACUUCUCCAACGCCCAUAAGAUUACAGGAAUGAUACCAGAUCGGGAAAAUCAACACAGCUAUGCAAUUGUGGAUCCAUCCUUCGGAAUUCCAUUGGACCAGUGCGCCCGUACCCAAACGAAUCUUGCUAUACCAGAACUCACUGGCUACUCGGCAGACAUCAAACGGUUCAGUGACAUGAUCAUUCCAAUGUUCUGGAUUGAAUAUCAUCAACAAGAACUGCCCAUCUACAUUAUACGUACACUUCAGGCAUUUUACGUCAUACGGGAUGUGGAACCAUACUUGCCUUACGUGUUGUACUUGUGCUUUAUGUUGCUACUGGCGGUCGCGUUCCGAGAGGCAGCACGCUACAAAAUGCAAGGAAAAAUAUCUCCAACAAAGUAUACCAAACCUCAACUAACUAGCCUCUAGCACGCCAAAUCGUAACUGUCAACCUACAGUGUCAGUAUGCCGCCUUUUCACGGUCAUCAUGAGCCAUCUGAUUUGUGAUAAUUCAUUCAUUUAAAAGCAAACAAAUAAAACCUUCUAAUAUUUUACAUUGUUA